AUGACAGACACAUCGAACAAGAAAGGAUCGUCCUCUCGCUUGGACCGUUUACUCAAGCUCCUCGAGUCCGGGUCGACAUCUCAAGCGCGCGCGCAAGCGGCGGAGCAAAUCGGCGAACUCGUUUUACAGUCCUGCGCUUCCUCGUCUUCAAAUACUGGCGGAGAAGGGAGCAAAGUACACGUAAACGCGGGGAUGUUGCCGACGGUUUUACGAAAGGUUCGCGAAUGUUCGCGCGCGAAAGAAUGGGAGACGAGAGUCGCCGCGGGGAAAGCGAUGGGGGCAAUCGCGAAGAAUUUACGAAGAAAAGAGUCGUCUCUGUAUCUAGACGAGGCGCAAAGCAACGAUUUCGUCCCGAACAACGCGUUCUGCGCGAGCGCGAGAGAUGUGUGCAAGAUGGAAUUAAUUGAGUACGAAUUGGUGCUGGAAAAGGUCGCCGGCGAACGCGCGAACCGCGCGAACGAGCAAAGGACUUCUGUUUUGGAUGAAGAAGUGAAGGAAGCGCAAGAUGAAGUCACACAGAUUCUCGAUUUGAAACUGGAAAACUUUGACAUAGAAUCUGUCUUGAACAAAGGGAUCGUCUUAUUAUCCUCGACGGGAGACGAGUGGUCCAACGCCGAGAGAGGACCGGGGACGAAGACGGAACGGCUGGAACGAGCGAAGAUGAAUUUGAAAAAAACGCUCGGGAUGGAGCUCGGGAAAGAAGCAGCCGCGUUCGGGUUGGAUAGUAAAGCGAUCGGGGAAAUGGUCACGGAGAAAGAUUUAGUCGGAGACGACGACGAUUUUGAGAGUCUCGAUAAGAAAAAGAAGAAAGCGGCUUCGAAGAAGAGGAAGAAAGGGAGCGCGGAUGAAGACGAUAUUGAAGUGAAGAAAGAAGAAGGCGCAGCAGCGCGGUUGGUCGAUUCGUUAGAAGGAAACAACGGCAACGCGGAAGAUGAUUUUGACGAGGAGAAGUUGCGAGCGCAAGGAAUGUCCGCGAGAGAGGUGAACAAAUUAAAACGCAAGAAUAAACGGUUGCGCGCGGCGGGGAAGACGGUCGUGAAACAUCAUCAAAGCGAUGACUUUAAGGACGACGACGGCGAAGAGGAGGAUAAGAAAAAGAAAUCAGCGACAAAAAGUGGUGGCGCGAGCGCGGCGGAUGUCAACGAACAACAGAGAAAAUACGAAGAGAUGGAGGAGAAACAAAGGCAAGAAGAGGACGAGGAAGAGGCGCAAGAAAUCGAAGCCGGGUCGUGGCCGUUUACACGAACGUGCGAAUUCUUAGCGUUCUCCUUAUUUAGCAGCCGCUGGGAGGACAGACACGGUGCCGCGGUCGCGUUGAGAGAGAUUUUGAGGUACCAAGCGGAAUGCGCGAACAUUUUCAUCGAAACGUUCGAUACGACGACGACAAGUGCUAAUUUAGUAAAAGUACAGCCAGGAACGGCCGAAGCGCAGAUGCGCGCAAACUUUUCGUGGUUGGAAGACAUAUCGGUGCGUCUGUUGUGUGUCUUAGCUUUAGAUAGAUUUGGCGAUUUCGUCGGCGAUGGGGUCGUCGCGCCGGUUCGCGAAACCGCGGCGCAAGCUUUAGGCGCGUCUUUGCGCGAUUUACCGACGCGAAAAGUUUUCGAUAUCGGUGAAGCGACGUUGACUUUAUUGAAACACGAAAAAGCGUGGGAGGUCAGACACUCCGGAUUGAUUGGUUUGAAAUACGUGUUCGCGUCUAUUCCGCAAGGCGAACAAGUCAAGAUGGACAUGUUGGCGCAAAAGUUACUUCCAUCGGCGCUUCCGAGAUUAAUCCUCGCCUUGAAAGACGACGACGACGACGUGAGAGCGGCGGCGGCGGAAGCAGCUUUGCCAGCGAGAGAGUCCUUGAAUCCUCAGCUUUUGAGAAAGAAAAAAGAAGACAACAUUGAAUCAGAUGAUGAUGGUAAUUUGUUCAAGGUGUUUUUAGAGACGCUUUGGAACGCUCUGUUAGAAUUAGACGACUUAUCACCAAGCGCGAGACCAAUAAUGAGCUUACUCGCGAAGCUCUGCGAGAAGAAAGAAACGAGAGACAUGUUCAACGUUGCUGAAGUCGCGCCUCGUUUGUGGCCGUUUGCUGCACACCCGAUUGCGAGCGUUCGCGAAGCGACGUGGCAAACCAUUUCGGAGUUGAGCGGAACGCUCUUGGAAAACGAGUCCUUCGUCGAUGUGCACUUGGCGGAUUACAUGACUUUAGCUUUGCAAGGAUGCGCUUUAGACGAAGACGAUAAUGCGUCUUUGGCGGCAAAGAAGGCGUUUUUAUUGGUUCUUGAAUUGUCCGGCUUCGAUGUUGGUAGUAAUAGUAGUAGCAGCGAUAGCAAAAAUGUGGCGCUCGAGGCGGUAAAAAAUACGCGAAGAAUUAUCCGCCUCAAAGUGGCGGAAAUUUUCAAAGUGAAAUCCGACGCAUUUUUGAAAGUCUUGAGUGUCCAAGUGAACCGAACGUGCGACGCGCACUACAUAUUAGUGAAGAAACCGGCGAAAAUGACGGGCGAAGCGCGAAACGUCGCCGCCGAUUGGCUCUGUCGCACCAAGACGCGAUUCUUAGGCAUCGAGUGCGUGGCGAAAGCGUUGGUGUCUUUGCUUCCAACAUCGUCGUCAUCAUCCUCAGAAUACGCGGAAGAAGAAGAAACGUUGACCUUGUUCCUAAACGAUAAAGUGAUGGCGUUAUCGAAGCAUGGCACCGCCGCCGCUCGAGGCGCCGCGUUUCACGUUUGCGCAAACUUUCUCGAAACCGCCGCGAAAGCUGCGUCGAUACAAAAUACAAGUUUCGAGUUUAUCGAAAAGAAAUUCAAACCGCUUUACGAAGCGCGCGUUUUCGAGGUACUCGCGUGUGCCAAUCCAGCGUAUCCGUCCGCACCGAGUCCAUUCCCGUACGACGAGGCGAAAGCGUUGCAAACGUACGUCAAGAACGAAACGAAAUCCUUGUUGCGCGUGUGUUUGCAAUCGAACGUAGCGAUUGAAGGCGAGAUUCCAUCGCCAGACGCCGACGGGUUCGGCGCGGCGAAUGCCGUGCAAGUCAUGGAAACCGUUCCAAAGACGACAAACGCGAACGUUGAACGCGCGCGAUCUGCGUUAGACGUCUCCGCCUCGCGCCUUCGCGAGACGGAAAUGAAACUGCACCAAUCCGUGCUCGCCGCCGCCGCUGCUCUCGCGGUUUCGUUUCAACGGCUCCCGCAGAAACUCAACCCGAUCAUCCAGCCGUUGAUGGCAUCGACUCGACGCGAAAGAGACGAGGCGUUACAAUCGGAAGCCGCGAAAGCGAUUGCAAAGUUAGUGAAAAGAGCAAUGUCAAGAGAGAAAUCACCGAGCGGGAAAAUAUGUUCCAACAUUUUUCUAAUGGCGUGUUCGUGUCCGGAAACGACGCCGAUUGCGACGGAAUCUGGAGAGAUGAAGAAGACAUCCGCGACGACGGAAGGCGUCGGCGUUCAGACGACGAAAACGACGAAAAUUUCGAGCGGUAAAAAAUUGGACGAAAAUGCCACGGCUGCUGCGGCAGAUGUGAAUAUCAACGCAGAACUACCGGAAACCGCGAUUGCGGCGAGAGGCGGCGCCAAAGCGCUUCGCGAAUUUUGCCGAGAGUUUGGCGACGAGGUUUUUACCGAGUUACCGGCGUUGAUGAAGCCCAUCAACGAGUCGUUGGAUUUAGUCAAAAACGAACAAGAAAAACAAAAUCUCGAAGCGUCUGUUCGACAAACGAUAUCCAACAGCUGUCGCUGCGUAUCUGUCGUUGCUGGAACGUGCACGCAAUCCGCGUUUGAUGCGCAUUUGCGCCCGUUGCUGAAAAAAAUCUUUGCCGCCGCGUCUUCCUUAAAAUGUCACAGCGUUAAGACGACUGCCUCGAACGCGCUCGCCGCCAUGACGACUGCGCACCCGGACGAGACUUUACCGGAAAUAUUAGCCUUGUUAGCGCCGGCGUUAGAAGGUGGCGAUUUAGAGCAACACGCCUCGCCGACGGCUCGAUUAGGCGCCGCGUUCGUGGCUUUAUCCGUGACUGAAUCUGUUCCAGAUUCAGUCAUCGCGCCGUACUGCGUGUUACUUCUGGUACCGCUCAUGUCUCGAAUGUCCGAUUCGAACGUUGAAGUGAGAACGGCGGCGACCAAAGCGUUCGCGGCGUUAGUGCCUCUUUUACCACUCGCGCGUGGUUCCGUGGCGCCGGAGAAACUCUCGAAAGAGCAAAAGAAGAGAAGUUCAGACGACGGCGCGUUCUUGGAAGCGUUACUCGACAACACGAAAAUCGCAAACUUUGAGUUACCGUUCAAGUGCAAGUACCAAUUGCGUCCGUACCAAAGAGACGGCGUGAAUUGGCUCGCAUUUUUGCGAAGAUUUAAGCUCCACGGCGCUUUAUGCGACGACAUGGGCUUAGGUAAAACGUUACAAUCCACGUGCAUUUUAGCCUCGAGUACGUGCGAACGCCGAGCGAAAGGUUUACCGACAAUGCCACAUUUGAUCAUCUGCCCACCGACGUUGGUUGGCCACUGGGCGCACGAAAUCAGCAUGUACACCGAAGACCCGAACUUACUCUCCGUGUGCGAGUACCAAGGGUCGCCGCAGGAAAGACUAGCGUUACAGAACGACGCGAGGGCAAAAUUCGACGUCGUCGUCGCCUCUUACGACAGCGUUCGCGCCGACGCGGAAAAAUUCUUUCAUGUAGUCGAUUGGUGCUAUUGCGUCCUCGACGAAGGGCACGCCAUUCGAAACCCGAAAUCGAGAGUGUGUGUCGCGGUGAAACAAGUCAAAGCGGAACACCGACUUUUACUCUCCGGGACGCCGAUUCAAAACGAUGUCGUCGAAUUGUGGUCGCUCUUCGAUUUCCUCAUGCCCGGUUUCUUAGGCACCGAACGAGAGUUUAAAGAAAACUACGGCAUCGCCGCGGCGAGGUCGAAAGCGGCGAAAAAAGGCGGUGGCUUAACCGAACAAGGCGCGUUAACCGUCGGGAGAUUACACAAACAAGUCAUGCCGUUCGUUCUGAGACGAACGAAAGAUCAAGUGCUGAAAGAUUUACCGCCGAAGAUUAUCCAAGACGUGUUUGUCGAUUUAACCGCCGCGCAAAGACGUUUGUACGAUACGUUUGAAACGAGCGGGGCGAAGGAGGAUGUCAGUAAAGCGUUGAGUUCUGGAGCAGGCGGAGCGGACAACAGUGGCGGCAAUGGCGGCAGCGUGCACGUAUUCCAAGCGUUGCAAUAUUUGCGAAAGUUGUGUUCGCAUCCUAGAUUAGUCGACGGAUCUUUGAACGAGAAAUCGAGCGCAAAGUCUGUCGCCAAACGCAUCGCGGAUGGAAGUGAUAACGACAUGAACUGGAGUCCCAAGUUUGAAGCGUUGAAACAAAUUCUGUUGGAUUGCGGCAUUGGCCGCGACGCGUUUAACGACGACGAGGAAGGAGGAGGAGGAGGAGCGGAUGAUGCCGCUGCGAAUAAAGGGAAUCACCGGGUCCUCGUGUUUGCGCAAUUAAAAUCUCUCCUCGAUUUGGUCGAAGACGAACUGUUUCAAUCGCACAUGAAGGACGUCUCGUGGCUUCGAUUGGACGGUUCCGUUCCCGCGCACGAACGCUUCAACGUCGCAAGAAAAUUCAACGCCGAUCCAACCAUCGACGUGUUACUCUUAACCACCCACGUGGGAGGUUUAGGCUUAAAUCUCACCACCGCGGAUACCGUCGUCUUUCUCGAACACGACUGGAACCCGCAAAAGGAUCUGCAAGCGAUGGAUCGCGCGCACAGAUUGGGUCAAAAGAAAACCGUCAACGUCUACCGCAUCUUAACGAGAGGCACGAUUGAAGAAAAAGUGAUGAGUUUACAGCGCUUCAAACUCGACGUCGCCAACGCCGUGGUCAACGCCGACAACGCGAGCAUGAAAAGCAUGGACACAGGCGCCAUGCUCGAGUUGUUCACCGCGGAGAAAGGUAAAAAAGCGAAACUCGAAGCGGAAAAGAAAGAACAAACUCAAGGUAAAGGAGAAGGAGGAGGCGAACAACAACAAUUUCAACAACAAUCGGCGCCGAUGAAGCAAAUCUUGAACGGAUUAGACGAACUCUGGGCGCAAAGUCAAUACGACGAAGAAUUUGACGUCGAGCAGUUUCAAAAGACCUUCUCUUCUGGUAAGAAGUAG